AUGCCGGGCGGUAUUGCCCAACAAUCCCGCCGCGCAGCCGGUAACGGCGCCGGCUCCGCAGUCUCGAGAUUCUGGCAGAGAUCUUACGCCUCGGAGUAUCUGGGCCUUGCAAUCCUCAUCGCCCUAUACAUGCUCAUUCAGUUCUUCGUCGAGCCUUUCCACCGCAUGUUCUCGCUCGACAAUCUUGCCAUCCAAUUUCCCCACGCCGAAAUCGAACGUGUCUCUGUCUCCUGGCUCUUCGUCUAUGCUGGGGGCGUCCCCCUCGCUAUCCUUAUUAUCUGGGCCCUCCUAUUUAGGCCCGGCGCACACAAGGCACAUGUUACAAUCCUCGGUUUUUUCAUCUCCCUUAUCUUGACCUCCUUUAUCACCGAUGUGGUCAAGAACGCCGUGGGCCGGCCUCGCCCUGAUCUGAUCGCGCGCUGCAAACCUGAGAAAGGAACCCCCGCACACCAACUCGUCACCUUCGAAAUCUGCACCGAAACCGACCAUCACACUCUGCACGACGGAUGGAGGUCCUUCCCCUCGGGCCAUUCUAGUUUCGCCUUCUCUGGCCUCGGUUACCUCGCGCUGUUCUUUGCUGGCCAGUGCCAUGUCUUCCGGCCGCGUACGGAUCUCAGUCGUGUGCUGUUUGCGCUCGCCCCGCUGCUCGCCGCCGUCAUGAUCGCCAUUUCUCGCUGCGAGGACUACAGGCACGAUGUGUACGAUGUGACAAUCGGUAGCGCGCUGGGAAUGAGCAUUGCCUGGUUUACGUACAGACGAUACUACCCGGCCCUUCGGCACAAGAGGUGUGACACGCCGUACCCAAGCAAGGCAGAGCUGGCGGAUAUCAGGGGUUUCUCCAAGGCCAAAAAUGAUGAGGAAGCGCGCAUUCAGAGUGCCGCCGAGUUCGAGUUGGAGGAUAUCAGUAGCGAUGACGGUGGUGAGCGGUUGCCGUUGCACAACAGCCGGGCGCCGUAA